AUGCAGAACCGUUGUGGCAUCACACUACCUACAAAACCACUUUCAAAGUCUUACCUCCAUGGGGCGUCUUGUCACCCACUCGAAACAUUAACUCUUGCUGAAGCUCUGGAAAAUACAGCCGUGAAAUACCCCCAGAAAGAAGCGAUGAUUUAUUAUUCGAUAAACAAAAAGAAGGAUGUGUUAGUGUUCGAAGAAUGGCAAAGCAAAUCGAGAAAAAUUGGUGCAGCAUUGAAGAAACUUGGCAUCAACCGCGGUGACAAUGUCGCUAUACUGGCGCCUAAUUGUAAUGAGUUUCUAAUCGCUGCAUGGGGCGUCCUCUAUAUCGGAGCUACUGUAGUCUGCCUAAGCUACGAACUAAAAAGUGGGGAGGACAUUUUCAAUAAAUUAUCGAUCACUAAAUGCCGAGGUCUCUUUAUAUAUAAUGAUAACAAUCCUAUGACCAAACAAGUUCUAGAACGUCUCAUGAAUUGUGAUAAAGGCUGGUAUCGUUAUGAGUACGCAACGCCGGUGGUUGUUACCAUUGGGAUUACCUUUGAUGGUACUAAAUCAUACGAUCAACUUUUGUCCAUCUCUAAACAAGCUGACGUCGAUGAUGUCAUCAAGAAUAUGUUCAAACAGAACUGUGAAGAUAUUGCCUUCAUAGCCUUAACAUCAGGUAGCACAGGAGCACCUAAAACAGUCCCUAUAAACCAUCAAUCCAUAUUAAAUGCAUACUACUUCUCAUGUAAACUCAGAGGUGGAAUGGACGAAGGAAGCAUAUUCUUUAAUGAUGGCCCGUUCACUUGGCUCGGGGGUCUGAUGCUGCCUGUUAGCGUUGUCAGGUUGGGUGUAACGGGUGUAUCGAUUCAUACAAGUGCGACUGUGAGUGAAAGGCAAACUGAUUUCACACUAAAGUGCAUAAAAUCUGAGAGAUGCACCCAUAUCAUGGCGAUGGCCUACCUCAUGUAUGAUAUCAUCAAAAGUGAUUCCGAGAUGAAAUAUAGUAUAACAAGUUUGGAAACCAUAUUUAUCGGUGGACAGAAAGUUCCAAUAAAUCUUGUGGAAGGAAUGAGAGAUGUUUUCAAAGCUCUUACAGUUGUAAACCUCUAUGGGGCUAGCGAAAUUGGCGGUGCUGUUGUAACUACAGACAUAUGCGACCCUCUUGUAGUUGAUGGCCGCGUUACAGUUGGAUUCCCAAUCCCUCACGCUGAAGUGAAAUUGAUUGAUGAAAAUGGUUACAUUGUUCCCAUUAAUCAACCUGGGGAGGUAUGUCUGAGGGGGCAUAACUGGGUCAGCAAGGCUUUUCAAGAUGAACAUGGCUGGUUUCACACAGGUGAUAUUGGGGAGAUGGAUUCAGCUGGAAGACUGUACAUAUUUGGACGUUGCAAAGACAUGAUUAAACGUGGUACGCUUUCAAUAGUUACAGGUCCACUUGAACAGACCCUUGCUACGAAUGAGAGCAUUGAAGGUGUGUACGUGGUAGGUGUACCAGAUGAAAGACUCUAUGAGGAGAUAUGUGCUUGCAUUGAAGUGAAACCUGGUGCCAACCUUACUGCUGAAGAUAUGAGAAACUGGUGUGAUGAGGUGUUCACUGCAGAGGGAACAGCAGAUGGCAAAAGCAUGGCGCCAAAAUAUUUUGUGUUUGUUGACAGCUUUCCUCUCCGACCAAAUGGCAAACUUGAUAGGAUUCAGUUGAGAGCUACGGCCAUGAAACAACUUCACCUGCCAUACAUAUCUGAUGGUUUCGCUCACCGUGAUUCUAAUUCUACAGGCUUGAAGGCAGAAUAAUGAGUUUUAUGACAAUAAAGGCUGUAAAUAUGUCGCUUUGUUAUCAUUUUUGCCACUGACCUUUCAAAGUCCAGUCAGUAUACGAAGGUACAUCC